CAGUUACUUUCUCGGCUUAUAGUGCCUUCCCCUCUUUCCAUUGCUCUCUCACGGUUCUUGUUUCAUUGAAACAAAAGACAUUGACUAUCCAGGCGUGUUUGAGAGCAGACUGACGACUGACUCGCAGGCCAACCAAACAAAACCGAGCUCACCCUGCAUAUAGAGUUUCAACCUUCCUUUUACACCAAACGCGGGGACGAGAAAACCGACAGCGCAUGCGCUGUAUACCCUCUUUUCUUAAACUUUUCUCCACUCGUUUUCCUAUCUUAGCUCCGUAUCUUUCAUUACAACUACAGCGCAAACGACAAGCGCAUACGACAUUCGUUCUACGAAAUCACAAAUAUGGCGGAAGACGGCUUCACCCCAACAAACGCCGCGCAAGAUCCACCACCUAUCUACCGCCCCAUCCCACGCCGUCCGCACGUCGACACGUCAGAUUCGCCGACCCACGCCUUCUCGCACGCGCAAUCUACGCCACCGAGUCUCAGCGAGAGCUCCCGCAGCAGCGACUUCCUCGCCCAGCUCAACGCGCGCCUCCUCCGAACGUACAACUCGCGCGAAGAUGCAGAGGAUAACACGCCGCCGUCGAGGAAUAAAAGUUUUGCCGAAUUGAGGAGUAGCACGCUCUCUGGUAUCUACGACGAUGUGGGAACGAGUUCUGGGGAGACGCCAUGGGGUGAGGGCGCGGAGACACCGGCGCGUAUGGGAUUCGCGCAGGAGGGUUUGGGAAGCCCGGACGGGGGGCUUACUAUGAAGAGUUUGGCGAGGACUGGAGGACGGGUCGAGAGCAAUGGGAAAAAGGGAGUGAAAGAGAGGAAGAGACAAGGAGUGUGGAAGUACGCUGUGAUUGGGAGUAAAUUGGCUGCGCUGUGGGUGUUUGGCCUCGUGUAUGGGUUGAUCAUCAGUCAUCUGCAUGAUUCCAGGCAGUUGGCUGCGGUACAUGUUGAGCUUGAUCGGGAGGGUUGGGUGUAUCUGGCUAGUUGGGGGAUGUUUGGUGUUGCGCUGGGAAGCUUGUUGCCGUAUGUUGAUCUCUUGUGGGAUGGACGGGGAGCGGACCUAGAUGCAGACGCGCAAGAGAAGGAAUCGGAAAAAGGCAGUGAGAUAUCCGUUAGUGAGCAGAUCAACGACGUAGUCAGAAGUGUGUGUGCGUUUCUUGGUAUCGCGUUUGCCAUUCGCCGCCUCCCCUGGCAAUCCACCCUUCAACUAACCCUCACGCUCGCCCUCGUCAACCCGGCACUCUGGUAUAUGCUCGACCGCAGCAAACCUGGGCUCUCAUUCUCCCUUGUCGUCACAUCAGUCCUCACAUCCUUCAUCUUCCUCUCCAAUCCGGAUGUCCUGCCGUCGCCAUCCUUCCCCGCCGCAAAUUCCACAAGCAGUCUACCACCAAGUAGUAGCAGUAGUAGCAGCGUCGUGCCCAGUACAAGGCUGGUCAGCUAUGAGAACCUGGCUGUGGUGACGUGGGUGGGCAGUGUAUUGUUUUGCAGUUGUGUAUGCUUUGGGAGCAUCGGAAGACGAUUGGGAGUGCUCGAAGGUGGGGUGAGUAAGAGAUGAUGUAAAAAGUUGAACUUGGUACUAUUGGCAAGUGUUGUUUAGAACUAUGUAGGUUCUAUUGGUCUUCGCGUGAAUAGAUUGGAUAUUAGACUUCCUAUGGGGUUUGGUUGUAAACACUCCGC